AUGAUGCUGAGAGCAGGAGGGGCAGCCACCUUCCUCGCACUGCUGCUGCUGCUGCCGCUGCUGUGCUGCUGCCACCUGUGCCACUCACUGCGGGUACCAAAGAUCUCAUUGUAUGCUAAGGCAGAGGACAAGCUGUUUCGAUACCUCUUUGGAAGCUACCAGAAAUGGGUUCGUCCACUUGAAUAUCUAAACCAGACGAUCUGUGUGAAGUUUGGACUGGCCAUCUCCCAGCUAGUUGAUGUGGAUGAGAAAAACCAGCUGAUGACAACCAAUGUGUGGAUGAAACAGGAGUGGACUGACAUGAAACUUAGAUGGAACCCUGAUGACUACCUGGGCAUCAAAACUAUCCGUGUCCCCUCUGACAGGCUGUGGCUGCCUGACGUGGUGCUCUACGAUAACUCUGAUGGGCGUUUUGAGGGAACUGUCACCAAAGCUGUUGUUAAGUAUGAUGGAACGAUAUCAUGGACACCACCAGCCAAUUACAAAUCAGCCUGCUCCAUUGACGUCACCUUCUUCCCAUUUGACCUCCAGAACUGCUCCAUGAAGUUCGGCUCCUGGACAUAUGAUGGCUCCCAGGUGGACAUCAUUAUGGAGGACUUCCACGUAGACAAACAGGACUAUUUUGACAACGGUGAAUGGGAGAUAGUAAAAGCCACAGGCAGCCGUGGUCUGAGGACAGAUGGCUGCUCUUCCUACCCCACCAUCACCUACUUCUUCAUCAUCCGCAGGUUGCCUCUUUUCUACACCCUCUUUCUCAUCAUCCCCUGCAUCGGCCUGUCCUUUCUCACCAUCCUUGUCUUCUACCUGCCCUCCAACUGCGGCGAGAAGAUCUCCCUCUGCACCUCAGUGCUGGUGUCGCUCACUGUCUUCCUACUGGUCAUCGAAGAGAUCAUCCCGUCCUCCUCCAAGGCCAUCCCUCUCAUCGGGGAGUACCUGGUGUUCACCAUGAUUUUCGUUACGCUGUCCAUCAUCAUCACAGUCUUUGCCAUCAACAUCCAUCACCGUUCCUCCUCCACACAUCACGGCAUGGCGCCCUGGGUGAGGAAGAUUUUCCUGCAUCGACUGCCUAAGCUGCUGUGCAUGCGUGGCCAUGUGGACCGUUAUGCCACCGCCGGAGUGGUUGGGGCGGGAGGAGCUGUAGGUCUGGGUAUGAUGACGGAUUCAGCACCUGGACUCACCCCCCUGCUCUACACGAGACGUCACCUUCAAGCAGCUUUAGAUUCUAUUCGCUACAUAACCAUGCAUGUGGUCAAAGAAAAUGAGGUCAGAGAGGUGGUACAGGACUGGAAGUUUGUAGCUCAGGUUCUGGAUCGAAUUUUUCUGUGGGCCUUCCUCCUGGUGUCGAUCCUGGGUUCUGCCCUCCUCUUCAUCCCAGUUAUUUACAAAUGGGCCAGCAUCAUUGUCCCUGACCAUGUUGGAAGUUACCUCUAA